AUUGGUUAGGCGCUCAGUUUCGUCACAAACACACACUUCUAGACUUCUAGUUCUCUCUCUCUUUCCUCUUUGAGGCUCCUCUGAUUCAGUUCACCAACUAUAACUGAUACCUAAAGCACUCGCCUUUUUCACCAAUUUCAAUCUUGCUACGCUCUUUGGGGGUACUUUGCUUUCAAUAACACUGCUUUCUUCAACCCCUUUUGUUUUAUCAUAUUGGUCUUGUCAUUUUUUAGUUUGAUUUUCUUGUUCUGUGUCUCACUUGUGGAUCAAAGUUUUCUUUUUAUUUUUCUUUUUCUUUUAAUUUGUGUGAUUUUCAUUGCUUCUUUCAAUUUUGUAUGUGGGGUUUUUGAUCCUUGAUAUUCAAACCCAGUUUGGGAUUUUGGAAGUUGAUAGAGUUGGAUUGGUUUCCAUUGGUUGUUGGAGUGUGAAAAAAAUCCCUGUGUUCAGUUGAUGGGCUGGCUUCAUUCUCAAUUGUGAUAAAAUUUGAUCUUCCUAUGCAUAUCAGGAGCUGAUACAUGUGCUGAAACUGAGGCUGAUAUGUGUUGGGGACCACUAAAUAUUUUGGAAUUCGGUAUCUUUGGUAGAUGAAGUGAAUGCUUCUAAAUGAUAGAUAAUGUUUUCUAUCCUUCACUGUAUUCUGCUUGUCUUCAUUGUUUGUUCUAUCAAUGCAUGGCCUUAUUAAUGGGGCAAUAAAAGGGAAAGGCAAGCCUGUGCCUUUUCAUUAUCAGUUUCUGAAGUGACAUAAAUAAUCCUCAAAAUGUCACUCUCUUUUGCUCCAAUCAGUUGUCAAAUUUUUGACUUGCAUUGCUUUCUGCAGGUUUGUUGAAUCUGGUUCUUUUUUUUUUUUUUUUUUUCCGAUUUUAGACUUUGAGUUACUUGACAAAUAUGUAUCCUGGUGGUUACACUGCCGAAGUUACAAGCUUAUCCCCAAGAGCUACAGAGAAUGAUGUGCACAAUUUUUUUGCUUACUGUGGUGUGAUUGAGCAUGUUGAAAUGAUAAGAUCUGGUGAAUAUGCUUCUACUGCAUAUGUGACUUUUAGGGAUGCUUAUGCCUUGGAAACUGCAUUAUUGCUGAAUGGAUCCAUGAUUUUGGACCAAUGCAUAUCCAUUUCACGGUGGGGAGCUUAUGUAGAUGAUUGCGAUAAUUGGAACAGUCAUGCAUCAUGGCCUGAAGACUGUGUUACAACCUCACAAGAUAUUCACAUUGAUAAGUUUGUGUCUUCCCCUGGAGAAGCAAUUACUAUGGCCCAGGAGGUUGUCAAAACAAUGGUAGCUAAGGGAUAUGUGUUAGGCAAAGAUGCAUUUGUGAUGGCAAAAACUUUUGAUGAAUCUCACAAUGUAUCAUCUACAGCAGCAGCCAAGGUUGCUGAACUCAGCAAUAAAAUUGGGUUGACAGAUACAAUUAAUUCAGGCAUAGAAACUUUUAAAUCCGUGGAUGAGAAGUAUCAUGUUACAGACAUCACAAAAUCAGCUGCAACAGUGACAGGAACAACAGCUAUAGUCGUGGCCACAGUUACGGGGAAAGCAGCUAUGACAGCUGGUAAUGCUAUUGUCAACAGCAGCUACUUUGCAAAAGGAGCUCUCUUUGUUUCAGAUAUGUUGGAUCGUGCAGCCAAAGCAGCUGCUGAUUUGGGUCAACAUGCAAAGAAGUGAAACUUCCAAAUGUAAACUUCUGUCUAAUAUGUUCUGUUGUACACAAUCAAAUAGGAACAAUUUUUUGUUGAUACUGUAUUAUGGUAUGUGGCCUUAACUUGUUCCACGUGUGUAGCUACUCAUCUGGUCCAAUUGUUCAUAACAUUGGUUUUGGAGGAUCCUAUGUAAGCAGCAGCCACUUGUUUGUGUAUGCUUUUAGAAAUCAGAACACCUAUGUUUCUUCUUGUC